AUGGCGUGCUGUGAGUGCCAUCAUGAUGAGACAGCAAUCGAUGUCACUGUGAACAACAAUCAUCUGAUCUAUUCAAAAAAUCCAAAGCACCCGGCCAAUGUGAUUUGUGAGCUGUGCCGACUCUUCUACACCAGCGGAUGGUGCACCGGUACUGGUGGUGGAGUUUCGAUCAGAGAAGAUGGAAAGGCCUACAUUGCACCAAGCGGUGUCCAUAAAGAAAGAAUGAUACCAUCGGAUAUGUUCGUUCUGGAUACGGAUACUAAAGAAUAUCUGAGAACACCAGAAGGUUACAAAGCAUCGGCCUGUACUCCAUUAUUCCUAGAUAUAUACCGGAUCCGGGAUGCUGGUGCUUGUAUUCACACACAUUCACAGAAUGCAGUCAUGUGUACGCUUCUGUUCGACAAAUACUUUGAGAUUUCCAACAUUGAACAGAUCAAAGCAAUUCCAAAGCUUACUGAAACAGGUAAUCUUUGGUACUCUGAUAAAUUAGUGAUUCCGAUCCUUGAAAAUACCGAAAGGGAAGAAGAACUGUCCGAUAGCUUGCAGCAAUGCAUCAAAGAGAAUCCAGGGACCACUGCAAUCCUCGUUCGUAGACAUGGAAUAUUUGUCUGGGGACCAAACAUUUGGAAAGCCAAGGUUUACACUGAGGCAUUGGAUUACUUGCUCGAGUUGGCUAUUAAAAUGAAGCAAUUUGGAAUCCCUACGGUAAAGGAGAAAUAG